AUGCCCACAGUUGUAGGAGUUCCCACACCACGCAGAUUCACUCUACAAAUUACACUUGAACAUCAACCAGAACACAUAAUAUGCGAAUACUGCAAAAUUUUUCUCGAUGAAUGCGACGAUUUCGAUCUACUUAAUAAUCGAUCAAUACGCGAUGACGACGAAAUUAAACACGACAAAGAUUAUCUAACACAUAUAAAUUAUUAUCGUGGUGUGGUAACAAAGCUUUUUAGAGAAGAAUUUCUUCCCGAAAAAGUCAGAAUUCCUCAAAAUCGGAUGCAAUUAUCAAAAUUUAUUCCCUCGCCUUUGCCUUAUACUCCAAUCACUUAUGAAGAAUUAAAAGCUUUUGCAUUGGCUCCUACAAAAGAUACGAUAAAAGAUUGGGUAGUUUGUGUGGAUGAUCUUGGCGUGUAA